AUGAGGACUACGCUAUUUGCGAUUUUGUUAGGUUUGCUAAUAAAUGACUUUGUUGUAGCUUAUAAGCCAGUCAUUGAACCAAAGGAGAAAUUGACUACUACAGAAACUCCAAAACCUUGGGUUCGUACAAUCUAUUCAGGUGUUAAAGAAAUUGUUACACCUACUAUUAUUGCAGGUGUAACAUUUUCUGCAAAACCACCAAAUCCACCAAAUCCGUUGCAACCAUGGGUUUCUCUAAAGAAUGAUGGUAUUCCAGUUACUAUUAAGCCUCAGUUGAAGAAUGGUAUCACCAAAAAGGCAUCUCCUACUUAUUCUACUUAUUUUAUGGAUGUCAAAACUCAUACUUUCUCUUUUGAAGAAUUGGAGGCUCAUAAUAUGGAUCCAAAUGAUGUUCAUGAAGAAGAAGAGUUUAUCCCAGAAGAUGAUACUUAUUUAAAGUUGAAUCCAAUAAUUAGAUGUGCUCCGGAUCGUUAUUCUGAAAAGGGUCUUGCCAAAAAUAUUAAGAGUGAACCUUUCUGUACUCCACGUGAAGCAACUGAAUGGCGUGUUGGGAGAACUUACUUCGUUUCUUGGUUUACUAGAUUCUUCAAGAAUGAAGAUACUGGUAAAUUCGCUGAGAAGGUUCGUGUUCAUUUGAUGGAAGUGCCAAUGGAAGCUAAAGAAAAGGGUUACCAUAACAAAAGAUCCACUAAUGACGUCGUACAUAGUUCCGACUGGUUGAAAAAUCUUGAAGGUAUCUACCCAAUUACUCCAGAAGAUGCUUGGUUGGAAGGUGAACAUGAAAAGAAAUUUGUUAUCUCUGUUCAACCUGAUUAUAUUUCUGAUGAAGACUUCGAUCCAUUGGAAUAUGGUAUCUUUGUUUACAUUUUAUUGCAAAGUAGAGUCUACAAACAUUCCAAAGAACAAAUUGCUUUAGAAAAUGCUGGUUUGACUGGUACCAAAUGGUAUUACAUUGCUCUAUCAAUGCCAGCUGCCGUUGCAGUUGCUUUGUUUUGCAUGUACGUCUUUUUGAGAAUUAACAAAGGUAACAGAGAAUUUUCUGAUGUCACUAACAAAGCAUUAAAAAAGAAGCAUCGUGUUAUUGGUAAAAUCUCAGAAAUGAGUAGAUUUAAGAACAUGAAGAAUCAUAAAUAUGAAGAACUACCCACAUACCAAAGAAAGUCAGAUUAA